UUCCGCUUUGCCUCCUCGUUUCUCUAUAUCUAAUUCAAAGACAGGAACGGAUAUAAACAUGUAAUGUGCUUUCUCACAAAAGUAAACAAAUGAAUAAAUCAUGUCCAAUGGAAUUUAAAGUGUGAUUUUUGAAGGGAUCAGCUGUAUAAUUCAAUUCAGUUGUAUUUGUAUAGCGCUUUUAACAAUAGACAUUGUCAUAAACAGCUUUACAGAAAUAUAGAAAUUCACGAUAUACAUUUUAAAUCGAUCAAUUGAUCCCUAAUGAGCAAGCCAUCCUCAUCUGGGUGACAGCAGAAAGUGCAAUUAUAAAUAAUUCCUUUCUAGAACUGUGUAGAACAUGUUGUACUAUUUAUCCAGCUUGUAUACAUAUUUAUUAUAAUCUCAACCAUUCUUUAAGAUCUCAAAGACCUUAACUUUCUCACCUCUGCAUCGACUGAAUGUUUUAUGUUUUUAAAAAAGGUUUCUGAGAGUAUGAAGUCAAGGCUUCUUAGGCUAUUAUACUUUGUUACUUCAUAUGGGGAGUGGGGGAAAGGAAAUUGGUUUACUAGCCCCCAUUUUUUUCUCAGUAUGAAGAAAGCUUGUGUUUUAGUAACUGACGGGAAAAGACGUGAAGAAAGUGGACUAGUGCGUCAAGGUGCUUCCCCUUUUAUGGUGUUCACGCUUCAUACCCAUUCAUCUCUAUACUGCUAAAAAUACACUCACAGCUCACAACUACACAACGAAAAGUGUAUGAUACCGAAGCACCCCUACUAAAAGGGUCAUUCACCAUGUUCUUUGCUUCGCUCACUUUGUUCUUACUUCUUUCUUCUCCCUUUCUCACACUUUCUUUUUCCGUCUCUGUUCUUUUCACCCAUGGCUAGACUCAGAAAGGGGAAAUCCUCUGACCUCCUCCUAUUCCAGGAAGUCGCAAGACUGUUGUGUACGUCCCAUCAGGAAAUAUGAUGCUUUUAGAAUUAAAUAGACUUUAUAGAAUUGUUUUUGGAAUGUAUUUAGCACAGUAGGUCGCGCUUUAAUAACAACCGAAGACCAAGAAACACGUCGUCACGUGACGGUGAAUGGAGUGAAGCACGCGCUGGAUUUCCCGUUAGUGCCACUAUGGGACACACAGCUCACACACGAAGGAAGGAGGGGUGUUUACUGAACGCUUGGUGUAAGGAUCCAUGAGAUAAGAAACCCUUGGUAUUAAUUUCAUUCAUUUUAAGGUUCUCACACAGGCCGUAACAUUUUGAAAUUCUGGCCUCUCUGGCGUCCCACUCCGAAUACAAUGUUCCCCCUGAGGACACUGCUUACUGCAGCACUGCCUCUGCUGGUCCUGAGCUCCAAUCCUGAGCAGUGCGCUUUGCAAUUCUCUACUCAUCCCAAUUAUCCUAUGCUGGCGUCGCUGCAGUGCUAUAAUGACUUCACCACUCAGAUACGCUGUACCUGGGAGGAGAAGCCACACACACACUUACACAUACCAUUCACCAGGGGAAAUCCGUGUGUCCCUGAUGGUCCUGGUGAGCUUCAGUCUAGUGGAAAGCUGAACUGGAGUUGUGUUUAUAAAAAUGAAGUGUUUAGUCUGGGCAGUCAUGUCUUCUCCUUCAACACAUCCUGCCCUUCUAAAAUGACAACUUUUAAUAUAGCUGCAAAAGGCAAGCUCCUGCCCCCGACUAAUUUUUCAGAGAAAAAAGAGAAUGAUGGCAAUCGACUGCUGAGCUGGAGCAGCCCGUAUCCUCCCUUAUCCCCUCUCACACUAAAUCUUACCUACCAGCUCAAGUACAGAAGACAUGAACAUGAGUGGAUUGUGGUAGAUGAUCUCAAAAUCCCAAUGUUUGUGAUCAAGAGUCAGGUGCUCUUACCGGGCUACUCGUAUGAGGCCAAGGUGCGAGUGCGAGGUGCUGUAGGCCUGUGGAGUGACUGGAGCCCCAAAGUGGUCUGGAUGACGGAGGAAGCAGAAGGUGUCAUUAACCUGCAGUGUGUAAUUAAGGAAGGCGGGGUGAUGUGUAGUUGGCAGGUGAAGAAAAGGCAGGCCGUGUUCCUCUUGUAUCACCUGUGUGGCCACAUCAAUGGAACAGGAUUGAAAUGUAACCACUGUGACAGUCACGCUGAGCAUCCUCACUCGGGAACCUUUCUAGAAUUUACAUGUUCACUGGAUAGCUCGCAACCUGAACUGCUGAGCAUGGAGAUCAGAAGUUUACGACAGGCCAAGAAGUUUAGUAACCCUGAAAACAUUAAGCCACCAUGUCCAUCCAAAUUCUGGGCACAUAAGAAGGAUGAUGUUUGGAAGCUGAGAUGGACCCGACCUAGUGUUAAUGAAAAACUCACGCUCUGCUAUCAGGUGUACCUCGAAAGCAAUGACACAAAGAAUAAGGUGGACUUCAAGGUCUCUGAAGCAGAUCUCAGUGCAGAUGUUCCCUCCAACCUGUGGCCCUCUACAGGCUACAUGGCUAUGGUGAGAGCACUUCCUUGCAGAAAGUUUGCUGGACUACCAUCUGACUGGUCUGAUCCCAUAUUCUUCACCACUGAUCCAGCUCCCUGGACCAACACCAUAAUUUACGUCUUGAUAGCUGUGUUAGUGGCCGUGCUUUUCAUCAUCUUGUAUAAUGCCCUUCCAGCCUGCCACAGGAGAUUGGUACUGUGGAAUGUAUCCAUUCCCUCUCCCAUUAACAGCAAAGUCCUGGGGGAAAUGAGCAGUAAGAAAUGUUUUGCUGGCGAGGCCAAUCCAUACACUGACAGUGAGAAAACCUGUGUGUUCAUCAUACAGACCUCAGAUAACCCUAUCAUCUGUAAGGGCAGUAUCUCUGAGUACCCACUCCUGACAUGCAGCAAUGACAUGGAUGUGGGCCUUGGCAUGAGCGAAUCAGGGUGGCCACAAGGUUCAAGCCACUCGUCUGUAUUUUCAGAGGGGUGCAGAAUGAAAGACAAAUCUGGCAUAAGCUUCAUCGGACCUUACAUCCUCUGCCGUGAGGACUCUUCAGUGACAACUGAAACUUCAGACACGUUCUUCUCUUCCCUCUUAACUUUCGAUGAUGAUGAAAGAUAUGUUUCUGAGAGCCCCAAGGAUUCUUUGCCAAUAAAAGGAGGCUAUGUUAUGUCCCCGCCCAAAAAUACAUCAGAAUGCUCAACCCCAACUGAGAGAACAGAGAACAGAGAGCCCAGGAAGUCAGAGCUCCCUGACGAUGAUCCCCCGGCAUACACCCCAAGCCCAACUGCGGGGUCCAGUGCCAUGUUUUCUCACCCAUCUGGAUACUGCCUGAUGCCCAACAUGGAGACUGUUGCAGCAUGGGUGUCUUCUUCUGUCCCACCACCAGAGGGCAACACAGAGAGAAUGUUGCAUGAGAUACAGGGAGAUUUACCUGAGCGCAGCUAUGUGACACUUUCUGAGCAUGCACUCUAAUACAUUCUGUUUCAGUCAUAAGGCCAUGAAUUAAUAUAUUGAGGCCAGAAGUUAAUAUUUCGGGGCAACAAAUCUGGUGUCUUGCCCAUGCAUUGUGUAAACAUUUUGAAACUAUGACUUCAUAUGUUGUGGGAACAUCAUACUUAAUACAUGGCCUAUAGAUAACAAUUUGGCAGGAACAGGCAAAACAAUUAUUUGAAAAUUCACUGAAGAUGAUGUGGACUAAUGGUACAUCCACAACACAAUACCUGUGACUCCAGUAGGUCUUUGUGCAUUAUUCCAAGCUUGAUGUCAAGGAGAGGUUCCUGUCACCACAAAGCUCUAAAUCAGUUGAAUUCUGUGUGUCUCACUCAUUUUAAUUUAAUAGCCGUCAUGAGUUCAGUAUUUUCUGCCCACACAACUGAUCUUGAGAAACUUAAUUCAUGGCCUUAAUAUAGUCCUUUGUGGCCAGUUCUUAUAAAAACUAACCACAAUGUCACUUCUCUGUACACAGUUCUGUAUCUAUGAAUCCAAAGAUAAUAUUUGACUUACAACUGGCUAAAAGCCCAUUACUCUUUUCUCUGCAAGUUAAUGGGCUAAUUCGUAUACGGUAAAAAUGCAAGUAGUAGCUGUUUUUCUGUAUCAUACCAUGUUGUCCAGCAGAUGGCACUGCUGGAGGACUUUAUGAGACCGACAUGUAACUUUUAUUCUCUUUCUGUCUCUGCAUUAUGUUGCACACUGAGUUAUGUGAUUAUUAAAACUGUAGACCCUGAGCUAUAUUUACGAUAUCUGUGACUAUGAAUGUAAGCUUUUAUAUAAAGAACUUUUAUUUGAGGUUGUCCAAAGUGUGUUUUUGUACUUGUACAAUGCUUAAUGUGCAAUUAAUCCAAUAAAUUUGUCAAUUUAUUAAAUGAGAUAUUUACCAAAUA